GGUAAAUGAAAUCACCAGAAUAGUUAUCGGAUUAUAAUCGUACAGUGUAGAAAAAACUUAAUAAUUGAUGCACAAAUUCAUUCGAAAUAUCGAAUUGAAGUUAGGAAGUUUAAGGUUUCCUUUCUGUUAAAAUGACACUUUUGUCAAGAGCAUCACAGAUUGAUUUGCUUAUAGUUGGACGUUUAAAAGAAUCGUAAGAGAUUUGAUUUUCGACCCGCAAUCAAUUGUCAAGAUAAAUCAAAAGUUACAGUGGGAAAUGUAGGAGGAUGUUCGACGAUACGAUGAAAAUACAAAACCAGUUAUGAAAAUAUUAGACGGAGAGGUAGCACGAAUAAGUGGUAGUUAAGGAGACGUAGUCCGCGAUGGAGAGUCGCUCAGACAGUAUAAAGGAUCCGAUUUAUUAUCCAUCGAUGCAAGAGGUCGUAGAAGGAAACGAAACGGCAACGGAAACCGAAACGACCGACAAAAGAAGCAGAAGUUCCGCUGGUAGCCAAGAACUUGGUCUGGAAGAGAAUAACGCAUUGAAAGUGCCGCGCAAAUUUAUCGCGAACUGGCGACAAGCUUGUGAUCGUACACGCGACAGAACGAAAGAUUUGUUGAAGAGAUGGCGAACUGUUUCGACUAAUGUCGAUGAAAUCGUUAAUGAUCCUGUUUCGAAUAAACAAUUGGAACAUCCUAGUUGGAGCGUACACGUUUGGACAACAUGGGUGAGUCGAUAUCCAAGCGACGAAAAUCUGAUCGCUAUAGAAGAAGCCAGGAGGGGAGGAAAGUUAAAGGAUUUAGCGCCCAUUCAACGCGACAAGUUUUCACAUUUUUUCACUUAUCUUUUGGACCACGAUAGAGAUGGUUUUAUUAAUCGAAAAGAUUUUCGAAUGCUUUCAGAGCGACUGAGAAGAUUCGCAGAUUGGUCAUGGAACGGGCCCGAAUAUUUACGAUUAAUAGAGGCCGAACAAGGACUAGCGGACUUAAUCUUCCAAGAGAAAAAGAAGGAAGGUGACCAAGGAAAGAUCAGCCUGGAGGAAUGGUUAUGUUGGUGGGCGCGCGUUGUCGCACCAGCUGGAGGCGCAUCUUACAAUGACAUUCCAUUUUGGUUAAAAAUUUUGCCACGAAUAUUUUUUCUUGCUAUCAAUAGCUCAGUGAAUGGAGUGAUUUCGAAGAAAGAGCUUGGCUCGUUUUACGGAUCAGUCGUUGGCCUAGAUUCUGAUAGGAUCUCCAAAUGUCUGGAUAUGGCAUAUAAUUCCGUGACGUCGAACGGAGACCAUCGUCUCGGUUGGCCACAAUACCAACUCGUAUUCGCCAACUUUUUAUUCGGUCGCGGUCCGUUCGGACCAGGAGAACAUUUUCUCGGUAUGACAGAUUCCUGCUUAAUUCGGGGCAAUAACGUACCAUUUCCGAUCGAUUAUUCUGCGAUGAAUACACCAAAAGAUAAGUUGGAAGUAUACAGACCGCAUUGUAGAAGUGCUCGACGUAGCGUGGUAGUUUGAAAAAUAGCCACGCAGGUAAAAUAGCCGGUAAUCACUAUAGAAGUGAUAACGAGUGCCAGAUACGAACAAGCGUCAGUGACGUGUUUCAAUAAGGGUCAGUUAGAAAAC